UUUUUAUUUUAUUUUUGUUAUUUUCAGCCCUUUUCGUGGACUUAGACGCGCGGCUGCGUCGCCUGGUUCGCCUAUUAGUUGUUGUUCACAGACUUGUAACGCCUCUGGCUCUGCACAAAUUUCUAUUCCACCAUUUCCACGUACGCACUGUACCGUAAUGGUAAUAGCAGGCACCCGUCCCCCAACUGUGCCACCCUCCUCGGCGGGAAGUUGUAUAAGUCCAUCAUCUAUUUGGACCCCAUCAUCAACGGCUGGAGGAAUAUCAACACCAAAUAGACAACAACAAAUAAAUUUUCCUUUUGAUGAACAGCAAAAUAAUGAAAAUGAACAAUUAAUUUUACAUUUCCCACAUUUACCGCCAUCACCUAAUGUAUUGGCUAGUAAAGAUAAUGAAGCUGAACAACCGAUCUUAAUCAGUUUAGAACAACAACAAUCGUUGAUUUCUCAAUACGGAUUUCAAACACACAGACCUCGACCUCCACUAAAUAGAGCAAUUCCCCCAAUUCCUGAAUCACGUUCUAACGAGUCGAUUCAGUCAAGUCAAUCAAUGCUGACUCGACGACCAAGUAAUGGAUUGCAAUUGCAGACGGUGCAAAUAAUUGAUGAAAAUAAUCCGAUCGAUGAACCUGUGCCGAAACAGACGAUGACUGGGGAUGAUGUUAUGGGAGUAUCAACAAUAACAAUAAAAGAAACUACUAAUAUUACAACUAAAACAAGUCGACUACCAAAAUUUGUUCGAAGAAAGGAAAAGAAGGAUUCUGUUGAACAAGAAGAGAAAAAACAACAAAAACCUCCAAAAAGUCCUUUAAUGUCUGUUGCACAUUCUAAUAAACUCAGUCGAUUAACUAGAGGAGGAAAUGCAAUGUCUAGCAGCGCUGGAGCUGAAUUUCCAAUGAGUCGAAGUUUGGAAAUUGGGUCAAAAACUCGAAUUCCCCACCGCCAAACUAGUGAUGAAAUACCAAAAUCGAAAAGUAUGGAGGAACAAAGAGGAAUGAAUGAGAAUUCUGGAGGGUUUUUUCUAGUUCCGAGACGAUCUCCGACAACUACUUUGGUGUUGUGUUCGCCUGGAGGAGGGCCUAGAAGAUUGCCGCCAGAUGAAUUUUUGGAACAACAAAAAGAACCCCAUCUUUUAUCAAACAAGCAAGUUCAAUUUGUGGAUGAAGAAGAUAAUUUUCAUAAACUUUCACCUCAAAAAGAAUUAGCUUUUUGUGUUUGGACACCUGAAAUUGAAAAUAAUUUAAUUGUUAAAAUUAAUGAAGGAAUUAAAGAAAAGGAAGGAAGUGAAGAGAUUGAAGAAGAAAUGAAAGAAAUGUCUAAAAUUGAGGGUCAGAGUGAAGUUGAAAAAAUUAUCGAGGAACAAGAAAAGAAGGAUAUUAAUAUUUCUACAAGUGUUUUGAAGGCAAAAAUUGGAUUUGAAGAGGAAAAACAACCAACUUCUUCCUUUCAACCACCCAUCAUUACAGAACCUCCACCAGAACAGUCUAAACCAAUUUCUUCUGUCGGUGAAACAAUAACUACAAUUAUCACAACCCGUAGAAGUCGUUCACCUCCACGUGUACUUUUGACAUCUUUACGUAAAUCGCCUCAAUCCUUUCCACCAUUGGGCAAUUCUUUGGAUUCACAACAAAAUUUGGCAGAAAAGAAUGGGCGUCAAACAAAAUCUACAGUCAGUGUAUCUUUUGGAGAGGUUGAUGUGAAAAAAUAUAAUGAAAAUAAAGAAGAAAUAAAAGGAAAAGAAGAAUUAACAAAACAAAAAGGAGAAGAGAAGUCUGGAAAAAGAAAAGUCUUUUCAACAAGAAGUUUAAGAAUGGUAGCAAACCGUGUAUGUGAAGCUAGUCCUUUAUUACGUCGAAGAGGGCAUAGUGCUAAUGCCCCACAGGAAAGACAAAAGGAGGCGGGAAUGGAAUCUUCUACAACACGUUUUGGCAACAACAAGAAUUCUAGUGAUAGUAAUCAACAAAAAUUAAAAACGGCAAAGUCUACUUUUGCUACAACUAAUGUUAUAAGAUCAGUUAAUUCUGUCCGUACAAUUAAUCGUCCUUAUGGUGCCCCUCUAGCAGAAAGUGAAUCUUCAAUUGUCGCCAAUUCCCCUGCUGUAGAACAAUUUCCUGGAGUUUUUCCUUCACAAAACGGAAAAGAAGUAAUUAACAAAAAACGCGGUGGAGGGGGUAUUUUUGGAACAAAUUCUCGUUUUGGACGAAAAGAAGAUAAAAAAAUAAUUGUUAAUGAAGAAGAUAAAAAGAAACAACAGCAAAAGAAUUCUAGUAAUAUUACUAAUGGAAGUGGAAAGACAAAUAAUUUGGCUAAAAAUGGUAAGAAAAUUUGAUUAAAUUUUUAGGAGGAAAUUAAAUUUAAUUUUUAAAUUAAAAUAUAAGUAUAACAAGGGAACCUCCAAACUGUCAGUAAAAAUUUUUAAAUAAUAAUUAUACCAUCGUGUAGAGCGUAGUCGAUAACCUAUUAUGUCUCCGGCUUUUUUGGCGCCGACUUUUUUGGCUCUUUACUGACAGUUCGGAAGGUUCCCUUGUAAGCAAUAUUUUGAAAUUUUUUUGUGGUUCUAAAAUUUAUUUUUUUAUUCUUUCAUUUUUGCCUCAACUCUAUGUUUUAUUCUGUCUAAUUUUUGUUCUGAAUGGGUAUAACUUGUCCCGAUUUUUAGUUUGUUUAGCCACUUUUUUUAAUCUAUCAACUAACAAUUUUUUCGAUUUUUUAAAUUU